AUGGCGUCGGGCCCGGGCUCCCAAGACCGGGAAGGGCUCCUGAUAGUGAAACUGGAGGAGGACUGCGCCUGGAGCCAGGAGCUGCCGCCGCCAGAUCCGGGGCCGAGUCCUGAGGCCUCCCACUUACGCUUCAGAAGGUUCCGCUUCCAAGAGGCCGCCGGGCCCCGGGAAGCCCUCAGCCGGCUCCAGGAGCUUUGCCAUGAGUGGCUCCGGCCGGAGCUGCGCACUAAGGAGCAAAUCCUGGAGCUGCUGGUCCUGGAGCAGUUCCUGACCAUCCUGCCCCAGGAGAUCCAGAGCAGGGUGCAGGAGCUGCAUCCGGAGAGCGGCGAGGAAGCGGUCACCCUUGUGGAGGGCAUGCAGAGAGAGCUUGGGAGACUGAGACUUCAGGUCACAAACCAUAGGCGGGGAACAGAAAUGCUCUUGGAGGAGCCUUUGCCUCUGGAAACAGCACGAGAGUCACCGAGCUUCAAGCUGGAGCCAAUGGAGACUGAGCGAAGCCCUGGCCCCAGGCUGCAGGAGCUGCUAGGCCCCAGCCCCAAAAGGGACCCCCAGGCUGUAAAGGAGAGGGCAUUGUCUGCUCCCUGGCUUUCUCUCUUUCCUGCUGAAGGAAACAUGGAAGACAAGGAAAUGACGGGGCCCCAGUUGCCUGAGAGCUUAGAGGACGUGGCUAUGUACAUCUCCCAGGAGGAGUGGGGGCAUCAGGAUCCUAGUAAGAGGGCCCUCUCCAGGGACACGGUGCAGGAGAGUUAUGAGAAUGUGGACUCACUGGAGGCUCAGGUUCCCAGUCGGGAGGCCCUAAGUACCCAGGUGGAACAAGGAGGAAAGCCAUGGGAUCCCAGUGUUCAGACUUGCAAGGAAGGCCUGAGUCCCAGAGGCCCAGCUCCAGGAGAAGAGAAGUUUGAGAACCAGGAAGAAAGUGCUCAGUCCCUGUCCCCCGAGAGCGCCCACCCGCAGGCGCUGCUGCCUGGCCAGGCCAGAGGGGAGGUGCCCUGGAGUCCUGAGCAGGGAAGGCCUCGGGACAGGGCAGAAGGGCACUGGGAGCCUCCCCCAGAGGAAGGGAUGGAGCCAUCCUUAGUGGGGGCCACAAGUUGCAGAGAACAGGGGCGACCGAAGGAAUCGCAGCCGAAGAAGCUCCACUUAUGUCCCUUGUGUGGCAAAAAUUUCUCUAACAACUCGAACCUAAUUAGGCACCAGAGAAUACAUGCGGCAGAGAGACUGUGUGUGGGUGUGGAGUGUGGCGAAAUCUUUGGUGGGAACCCACACUUUCUGUCACUACACAGAGCACACUUGGGAGAGGAGGCGCAUAAGUGCCUGGAAUGUGGAAAGAGCUUCAGUCAGAAUACCCACCUGACUCGCCAUCAGCGCACCCACACGGGGGAGAAACCCUACCAAUGUAACGUAUGUGGAAAAAGCUUCUCUUGCAACUCAAACCUUCACAGGCACCAGAGGACGCACACAGGCGAGAAGCCCUACAAGUGCCCCGAGUGUGGGGAGAUCUUUGCUCAUAGUUCCAACCUCCUUAGGCACCAAAGGAUUCACACGGGGGAGAGACCUUAUAAGUGUGCCGAGUGUGGGAAAAGUUUCUCCCGCAGUUCGCACCUCGUCAUACAUGAAAGAACUCACGAGAAAGAGAGGCUUUACCCCUUCUCGGAGUGUGGGGAAGCAGUGAGUGGCAGCACCCUCUUUCUUAGCAACCAUGGAACCCACAAGGCAGAGAAAAAACUCUUCGAAUGUUUGACCUGUGGGAAAAGCUUCCGGCAGGGCAUGCACCUCACCAGACAUCAGAGAACACACACGGGGGAGAAGCCGUAUAAGUGUAACCUUUGCGGGGAAAACUUCUCUCAUAGAUCCAACUUAAUCAGGCACCAGAGAAUUCACACGGGAGAGAAACCCUAUACCUGUCAUGAGUGUGGAGACAGUUUUUCUCACAGCUCCAAUCGCAUUCGUCACCUGAGAACCCAUACGGGAGAGAGACCCUAUAAAUGUUCUGAAUGUGGAGAGAGCUUUUCUCGGAGUUCACGCCUUAUGAGUCACCAGAGAACUCACACGGGAUAG